CCGCGCGGCCAUGAGGGCCGAGCCGCCCGCCUGGGCCCCGGCGGCCGCGCUGCUGGAGGAGGCGGCGGAUCUGCUGGUGCUGCACCGCGACUUCGGGGCCGCCCUGGAGCGCUGCGAGGCGGGCUGCGACAGCCUGGGCCCCGGGCCUGGCCCCGAACCCGAACCCGAACCCGGCGCUGGCCCCGAACCCGGCACUGGCCCGGGCCCCGAGAGUUUUGCAGAAGUGAAAUGCUCCCUUUGUGUUGUGGGGAUUCAGGCGCUGGCCGAGAUGAACCGGUGGAGAGAAGUUCUGUCUUGGGUCCUACAGUAUUACCAUGAGCCUGAACAUCUGCCUCCAAAAGUUCUGGAGCUGUGCAUCCUGCUGUACAGCAAAGUGGGGGAGCCGCAGGUGAUGCUGGAGGUGGGCAGCAGCUGGCUGAGAGCCCAGGCCAACCAGAGGCUGCCCGAGCUGGGGCCGCUGCUGGAGCUGUACCUGGCGCGGGUGCUGCUGCCGCUGGGGCGCUUCGAGGGCGCGGAGCAGCUGGUGCGGGGCUGUGCCGCGCUCGACGGCCAGCGGCAGCUGCAGCUGCUCAGCACCGUCCUGGAGAGCCGCUCCCGCUGGGCUCCGCGCCAAGAGACACGCUCGCCUGCUGAGGAGCAGCAAGACCCAGCCGCAGAAACUGCUCUGGGAGUGCUGUCCCAAAAGCUCCUGACCAUGUUGACAUUGCUAUGUAGAGCACUGAGGUCCAUGUCAGACCACUUCUAUUUGCUUCCUUACAAGAAGAUGCUCUUGGCUACUUUUUUGCUGUACCUGGUGGUGGUGAGAUUAGACCCAGCUUCUCCCACAUCACUGCCAUUUAUUUACAAACUGGUCCAGCUCUUCAGACAGGCUUGGGCAGCUGUGCUUUCUCCAAUCCACAGGCCUCCAAUUCGAGACUAAGUGUCUUCCUCCACUGAAAGUGUCACCUUGUUUUGGGGAUCUUACCAGAAAAUGUAGAAAUCUGAGAUGACCACCUGUAGACUCCUGGAAUUUCUUCAGACAGGGAAUGGUGGUGUAUGAAUUUGGAAGCCACAGCAAGUAUUCCUGACAUUUUGCUUGGUCCUGUCCAGCACUGGAGUAGAGCCACUCCUUCCAUAUCUGCAACUGAAUAAGAAUCCUCCUUUUCAAAUACUUUGCUUUGGAUGUGUCUCUGGAGUGAGAGUUGUAUAGCCAGUUAUGAACAAUGGAAGAAGUUCUCAUCCUUGAAAAUGCUGAGCAGUUCUCUGAACAAGUACAAUAGUGUUCCUGGAGCCAUGACUGUAAAAGGCAACAGAGUACCAGUGGUUAGGGGAAUAUUCUGUUUUGCCUGAAGACAUCUGAAAAGCCCAGCUCUUGCAGCAUGGGAUUUAGGACAAGCACAUGGAAGAAAAACACUAGAGAGAGUAAAGCCUCUAUUGCAUUUUGAAAGCCAUGAUUUCUCUUGUGACUGUUGCCUCUUUGGUCGGGCACACUAAAUUUUAA